AUGGAAGAUCGCCGGAAGGAAUUACAGCUCCUCCCUCUGCCACCGUCCUCCUACUCACCAUGGCCGACGGCGUCGGAUCUCUUCACUUUCCGAUCAUCAGACGACGUCGUCGUCCAAUGUCCGUUGGAUCCUCCUUCCUUAGACCUGCAACUAUCGAUCAGUCUCCGUCCAAUGAAACCGCCGCCUCCGACGGUCAAAUGGCGAACUUCCGAUCAAAUAGCGGCCAUGGAGAAGGCGUACGUGGAGCGCGUGAUGGAGAUGACGAGGCGGGAAAUGGAGAUGGCGCAGUCGGAAUUCGCACGUGCAAGGCACACGUGGGAGAGGGCACGUGAGGAGGUGGAGCGAGUGGAGAAGAUGAAGGAAAGAGCCACGCGCCAAUUGGGUUCGUGUUUGGAAAUCACGUGUCAGGGCUGCCGGAAAAAAUUUAAACGUUGA